GUCUAUAUUUAUUUAUAGAUUUACGUAUUUUUCUUGUUCUAAAAUCUAAUUGCGAAAGCCAAUCAACCAUUCGCUGCUAUAAUAGGAACCAGCGGGAGGUGGUUAUUUUAGCAAUUACAGCUCAUGUUAUGAUUGGUUUUGCGAGUUCGCCUACUUAACUGCCUCAACGACAAUUAAAAAUUUUUUUUUUUUUUUUUUCUGUGUGUUUAAUUAUCUAAGAAAAGUUCAUAAUCAUCCCGUCACUCCAGCGCGUGUUUUCCUGUGGUUUAUCUCAGUAGUUGCUCUUGACAAUCCAGCUGUUUAGAUGUGUAGGGAAUUUCCUUUGUUCCUUCUACAUUAAACAAAGAGACCCCCUUCUAUCCUCGUUUGCUCUAUGUAAAUCAGAAGGUUUAUGUUAGUUACUAUUAAGGAGAUUAUUUGGCCCCUUUAAUCUCCAAUCUGAAGAUUAACUGAUGCUAUAUUGGUGUGUUCAGAUUAUUACGAAUGUGCUCCGUUACGCUCUAGACAGUCGCGGUUAAAUUUAGUCCGGAUAAUUUAUACUGUAGUGUUUCCAAUAUUAAGCAAUAAAAAACAAAUCGUUCCUAAACAAGAUUUUAAAAUUAUUUUCUUACAAAUAGUCGUACUCUUACUUUUAAUCGCCCAGUCUGUUGGUUUAUUGAAUCGUGUUUUUAAAAACGUCGCAUCAAAACUAGUUCUCUGAAAUCCAGCCUUCCUCUGAAAUUAUCUGGAUUGUAUCGCACAAUGGAGGAAGAAAACGUACCCCCGAUUGACCCAGAUUUUGAGCCACAGAGCAGACCGAGGUCAUGUACAUGGCCGUUGCCUAGACCCGACAUCUCAGUUGUCAAAGCUGGGGGGGGCGACGGCUCAGAGUCUGCUGCUGGAACUCCGCCCACCGAGGAAGAUAAACACGAGCCUCAGCCAAUCAUAUCUGAGCCUGAGAAAGUCACGGUCUCUGAGGGCGGGGUUGUCGCUGGAGGGGGCGGAGCCACACCUCGAAAAGGUUCUUCCAGGCGUAAUGCCUGGGGUAAUCAGUCCUACGCAGAUCUAAUCAGCCAGGCGAUUGAAAACUCGCCAGAUAAACGACUUACUCUGGCGCAGAUCUACGAUUGGAUGGUAAAAACGGUGCCGUAUUUUAAGGACAAAGGAGACAGUAAUAGUUCUGCUGGGUGGAAGAACUCCAUUCGCCACAAUUUAUCGCUCCACAACAAGUUCAUGCGAGUGCACAAUGAGUCGACUGGAAAGAGCUCUUGGUGGAUGCUCAACCCUGAGGGGGGCAAAACUGGCAAAGCCCCUCGCCGCCGCGCCGCCUCAAUGGACAACAGCAGCAAAUUACUUAAAAGUCGUUUGCGAGCAAAGCAAACUAAAAAGCAGGCUGGAGCGGCAGGGAUUGGAGGCUCUGGAGGUGCCCUGCAGGGUGAGGGUGCUUCUGGUGCUGGCGGUGCGGACAGUCCCGGGCCUCCAGUUCAGUUCGGAAAGUGGGGAGUGAACAGCAGCAGCCCUUCCUCUCGUGGCAGCCUGGACGACCCGGACAUGUGGACGAGUUUCAGGCCACGUACAAGCUCCAAUGCCAGCACACUGAGCGGGAGGCUUUCUCCCAUUGCCACGGGGCAGGAGGACGAGGAUGACCUACCUGAGGAUGGCCUUCUUGGUGGCUAUUCCACAGGGAAUCUUCCCCCAACACUAACUGAGACGCUAAUGGAAGAACUGGAUUUGAUUGACGGGCUAACUUUAAUGACUGGUCCGCAAGGUGGUGCGAGCCCAAGCACAGCUCCUCCUGCCCCACCUCAGCCUUUGCCCUCGGCGUCCACCCUGCUGCCUCGAGGGUCCAGCUUUCCUUCAUUUCGGCAGCUGCAGCCAGCAAAGACUACACAGGGAUCCACUCCGCCGGGGCCACAGAGCUCGGUUCAACACAGCGCCGGAUCCAGCACAAGCCCAUCGAGCUUCGGAAACUCCCUCUUCAGCCCCCUGCCCGGUCCUGGUCACAGUGGUUUCAGCACUCACGUGCCCUCCAGCCUCGAAGCUCUCCUGACCUCCGAUUCACCCCCACCCAGCGAUGUUAUGAUGACCCAAAUGGAUCCUCUCAUGCCAAGCCAAGGAGGUGGUGGGCUUUUGGGGCUCGGGAGAUCUAUGUCCAGCAGCCAAGCUAAGGCAGGUCAGAUGUUGCUGAGCAAAGGCAUUGACACAAGCACGGUGGGGCAGAUGAGCCUCCGGCCUCAACCCCAACUCCAGCACUCACAGAUGGGCUUUGGAAUGAUGCACUUGGCCAUGAGCCAGGAACCACCUCAGCUCGCAACUGUAAAGACCCAGCAUCAGGUGCCAGGCGCUGGGCUUCUGCAGCACGGACCUGUCCCGUCACCUGGUGGGAAUGGAGGCCUGCAAGGUCUAGGCCAGUUUGCAACGCCGCCCUACUUCAUGCCCUCCCAGGACCGUCUGCCUACAGACUUGGAUAUCGACAUGUUCACUGAAAACCUGGACUGUGAUGUGGAAUAUAUUAUCAACAGUGAUCUUAUGGAUGGAGACCUGGUUGACUUCAACUUUGACCCCAUCAUACAGGGUGGACAGGGCUAUACUGGGCCAGCUACCACACAGAGCUCCUCCCACAACUGGGUGCCCAGCUAACUCCAUUAUUAAAGAUGAGAACAGGAUUGUCCCCCAUUCUUAAAACAACUUUGAAAACAGAUGUGGCAUAUUGCCUGAACAUAUUCUCAAAUUUUUGCCUCUGCAUUUGCCAUUGUACCUCAAAUACAUAGACUCCUUUGGCUAAGGACAACACGUGCUUGGCCUAGAAGUGUCAUGUCAGAAUUUUCAAUUAAAUGACAAAAUCAAACCUCAUACAUGUCCCAAGUGCCAAUGUCAACUGAAGAGUGUGCUGUUGGACACAGAGAACAUGGUCUUGAAACAUAUUUUUUUCUCUUCUUUAGUCUUAUAUGUGCAACAUUUUAGUUUUGAAAUUUGCAGUUUAUUUGGCCAAUCUUGGACUAAAGCACACCUAAUAAACAGCUAAUCAUGUUUAUUACAUUAUUUGCCUAUGAUGCGUAGUGUAAGAUGGAGAUGGUACUCCUCCUUGAUCUUCUUCCCCCUGAUAAUGGAACUCAUUCGGCCAGGAGGAUCAAACUGCAGCUUUUCUUGAUGUGAACUUGUUUGUUGAACAGCCUUGGAGAAGUCCGAGCAGCUGAGAUUGAUGGAGUGACUUCCACAGCUGACCUGACGUUACUGUAGCUCUCAGCCCCCCUCUGAGCAUGAAAACAACAAGGCACCAUAGGAAUGUUAAGUUGAGAACAACAUUGAGUGGCGACGGUUUCACGGACCACAGCUGAACUGUUAAGGUGUGCUCUCUCUCUCUCAUCGGAAUGAAGCAUCAAAGUUUCAAGGUGGUUUGGUGAUGCUGUGGUGUUCAAUGUGCAAUUAGUUUGGCUUUUAUGACCUCUUCUCUCACGAAGGCGUUUUCUUGUGAUGUGCUGAAGAGGCUGAUAACUGAAUGAUGAUUUAACUGUCUGCUCUUAAGUGUUUGUUAAUGAUAACAACAGUAUGAAGAAAUGUGAUUUUCCACAGGGCAUUUUAAUGCAUUUUUAAUCCUGCCAACAAGUUAAAUGGUAUAGUGUUAUUGUUGGAAACUUGGAGCCCUUUUGCAGAAUACAAUAUCUGAAGAUUUUGUGUGUGUGGGUGUGUGUGCAGGAGGGUGUGUGUGUACAUUUGUGUGCGUUCAAAUAUGUUUAAUGCUCCCGAAACUUGAUCCCAACACACUAACAACAGAAUUCAAGGUUACUCUGAAUCAUUUCAUUUAAGCGCAGAAGAAAGUUUGUUUUCCGAGUUAUACGUGAGUUUGAAGCGAAUCUUGAAGAAACAUGGCUACAGUAAUGAGAUGUUAUGGUUCCUCUGGCAUGUUUAAUUGUGUCCACAGACGCACAGAAGAAAAACUAUUUUCUCAUUGUUCAGUUUUUCAUAAACAGCACUACUCAUAUUUUAUAAAAAAAUGUUAUUAAAGAACAAAAACAGUUGGAUAUAUCGACUAUAAUUCUAAUUUAGAUUGGGGCGUUAUCAUUAACAGACUAAUAAAAAAAAACAUGCUGUUAAUGAGCUUUUUUAAAUCUGAGCAGAAGCUAUUUCAGAUCAUUUUUAACGGUCAUUUUCUAUGUAAUCUUUUA